UUUUUUCUUAGUGCUCAAAGAGCAUAAAACGGCGGCUGGGAGCCUCUUGAAACAGCAUAACGCUUUCAGCGCUCGUUCGCAACUUCUGACAGCAACAUUCCUUCACAACAACACUUCACUAUGUCCGAUACGCUGGGCGAAAGUCUCAUACGGAAUCUCAUCAACCUGGGAUUAGAUGAGCCGUUUCUAAGCCUGUCCCGGCCGUACGCACCGAAGAGCAUCAGCUCCGAGGGGCUCACCGAUGACGUCUGGCCGGCGGACGCCUGGAGCGACCGAGCGCCCAGCAAACCCCAGUUUCCCAUCAAAGCAGACCGAUCCAUGAGUCUGACUGACACCUUUAACAAAAUGAAGCCCCACGACGUGCCCCCACCGCCCGGAUUUCCUCCCCUGGCACCACUGCCUUCGAACCGGUACAAGACCGAGCUGUGCCGAAGCUUUCAAGAGCACGGCAGCUGCAAAUACGGCAGCAAGUGUCAGUUCGCCCACGGCGAGAGCGAGCUGCGAGGUCUGUACCGCCAUCCCAAAUACAAAACUCAAGCCUGUCGCACUUUCUACCAGUUUGGAUACUGUCCGUACGGAAGCCGCUGUCACUUCAUCCACGAGGACAAAAACUCUCUGUCCGGGGUUGACGAGAACCCGCGUCAGCUGCGUCAGAGCGUCAGCUUCGCCGGUUUCACUCGCAGCAACUCUCCCCCGACUUUAUACGAGCCCCUGAGCUUCACCCGUGCUCCUUCGGUCUCCCCCCCUCCAGCUGAUAUCUUGUCCCCGGUCUUCAGCGACUCUUCCCGCGACAUGUUCCCCUUCAGCCGUCACAGUACCGGAGAUAUCUACAACAACGCGCCCUUCGCGCCUGAGACUCGGUCACGAUGUGUCUGCGGACACGGAAAUAACUCCCAGGGUUCCAGCAACGGGCUUUACGUGAAGGAAGACCUGAGCAAAGCCAACCUGCAGCGCUUUUCCUCUGAAGACUCGCUGUCAGACCGCGAAAGUUACAGCAGCACCGGCAGCUCCAGCGGCUCUGAGUCUCCCACCUUCGACGGUUCGAACGGGAAGCGCCUUUCUGUUUUCGCGCGAAUGUCUGUGUCUGACUAAGGACUUUACCGCCAUUCCUUCACAUUCAUUCAAUCAGACAAAAAUAAUGUGCAACGAGUCUUAAUACUGUUAAUUUAUUCUGAUGUAUAUUGCUAAAGGAGAUUAUUUUGAUACCAAGCUGCCCUCCAAAACCUAAGCAGGCAUUGUUUUUGUAACGGUGUUUUAUUAUUAUCUGUGAUAUUGUCUUCCAUUUGCUUUUGCUUUUCUUGCUUUUCAACGUGAGCAUUGCAGACAAGUGCCUUAAAAUAUCAUAACCUAUGCUAGUGGCAUAAGCAGAGCUUGUGUCAAAAAUAUAUGUGCAUAUAUAUAAUUAUGUAUGUAUAUAUAUCAUAUACCCAGCGUGUGAAUUAAGGGGUUGGCUUUUUAAAGAAACUUCAGACCGUUUUGUGGGAGAAGUCAGUUCCCCAGAUAAUUUGCACCCUGUGUAUAUCAACCAACAAUGUGACAAACUUGAGAAAAUGACCAUACAUUCACUCACAAAGAAUGCACUUUACAAAUCAAUACCGGGUGAAUGUUUCCAUGUAGCAUUUUUAACCAAAGCAUUAUGAUGUUAGGUACCUGUUUUGUACAAGAAAACUAAGAAACAAACCUAAAAACCAUAUAUUUAUAUUGGACAAGAGCUGUCAACUUAAUGUUUUGACAACCCUGGUUGGGUCUCAAGGAAACGUUUUGUCUUUUAUCAGGGACUGUAACAGUACAGUAUUUCUGUAGAAUAGUUUGCUGCGUUUGCAAUGUUUUUUUUUUUGGUUUUUUUUUGUAAUUGUAUAGACCUAACUAAUAUAUUUAUUGAGUAUUUAUUGAAGGUAUAGCGAUGUAUUUUUUACUUAUUUAUCAACGUGUCAUGGCCUUUGAAAAAAAAAAAAAGAAAGUGUUGACACAAAAUGAUGGAAACGAUUUCAAUUGACCAAAAUAAUGUAAUAAAUGCAAAUUGUGAAAAACAA